UCAUUAAGCUUCAUCAGGGGCUUUUGAGUGAAUUAUUAAAUGAAUUAUUCAGACGCUCUGUGAUGCUUUUGAGGGGGGGGGAUCUCUGCUUACUGUGUCUUUAAAGUCGUGCAGAGGGGAGCCUAUACUAAAGAAAGGAGGGGGCUGCUGUGCGCCAGUUGGAGGUGUCUGCCUGUCGCAGCGGCUUGGGGUUGACAUUAAGAAGAGCGUGUCCAUGCUUCAGCGGGGAGAUACAGCGCAAUUUGAAGGCUCUGAUACUCAGACUGAACUGGCUCCAGGCAGAUACUCAUCAGAUCGAGGAUACAUGGAUGGACAGAGAAACAUUGCAAUCGGAAUUAACUUGUCAGCCGGUGCGAGCAAUAUCUGGAUAUAAUGGGGAAUACGACACCUAAACCUUUAAUAGAUGCGACUCUGCAACCCCGCCCGGUGGCCAGCAGGCAGUACUACACCCUGCCUAACAAUGGGGCAGGUGUGGAGAGAAGGACUUCUGCUCCUCCUGUCAGCAUCAACAUGGAGUCACCCCGCUUUCACCCACAUGCCAAAGGCAAGAAUAUCAGGCUGGAUGGGCAGCUUCGCCGAGCCACUCGCAAGAACAGUUUCUGUAAUGGCAUCACAUUCAGCCAUCGGCCUGUCCACCUCUAUGAGAAGGUGCGUCUUCGUCUGACCGGCGUGCACACUGGCUGGAGUGGAGCUCUGCGCUUUGGUUUCACCAGCCUGGACCCCAGCGAACUGGUUGCAACCGACAUCCCCAAGUACGCUUGCCCAGACCUGGUGACGCGGCCCGGCUACUGGGCCAAAGCUCUGCCUGAGAGACUGGCCCUGAAGGACAACGUGUUGUCAUUCUGGGCUGAUCGCCAUGGAAGAGUUUUCUACAGCAUCAAUGAAGGAGAGCCCAUCCUCUUCCACUGUGGGCUCAGCAUUGGCUGUCCACUCUGGGCCAUCAUAGAUAUCUACGGCAUCACUCAGGAGGUCACACUGCUUGAAAGCACGUUUGCAGAGAGUGUGGGGUCCAGCUGCCUGAGUGCGGCCCGUCUGAGUGCCUAUCUGCCCCAGAGUAGCCACGACUCAGCCAAUUACAGCAACAAUCAGCUGGAGAACAACCAGACUGCUGCUGCCAAGAUGGCUAACCUCCAGCUCAAUAACUACACUCAGCUCAUCCCCUGCUGCUCCUCCACCUCUUCCUCUUCUACACCUUCCUCAUCUGCCUCCACUGGAUUCAGCGUCCCUAGGGUGGUCCGGGGCCUUCCUUCCCCGCUGGACAAUGACUUGCACUUUCACCCCGUCCGUGGCUCUGAUGUAAUACUCUCUGCAGACCGCUCAGCCGCCUGCAUCCACUUUCUGGACAGCAGUCGGACUCUGGUGUUCAGCGACCGGCCGUUGCAUGUGGGUGAGACUUUGUACGUGGAGGUUGGCCAUCUGGGCCUGCCCUACUUUGGGGCACUAUUGUUUGGUUUAACAUCCUGUGACCCGGCUAGUCUGCACGCUGGGGACCUGCCGGCAGACCCUGAGGUUCUCCUGGACCGUAAAGAGUAUUGGGUGGUGCACCGGGACUUUCCCAUGCCCUGCUCUGGUGAUGUGCUCAGCUUCAGUCUGUUGCCCAGCGGAGAGGUGCACCAUGGGGUGAACGGAGUGGGACGUGGCAGGCUGCUCUGUGUGGACUCCUCUCAGGUCCUGUGGGCCUUUUUCACCCUGCAUGGGGCUGUCAACAGACUCAGGAUAUUAGGAACACUGCAGUCCAGUCCUCCCUCCACAUCCCCCAGCACUUCUCAGAGCAGCAGUCCAGAUGACAGUGACUCAGACCUGGCGUUCAGUGUCAACAGAUCCUCCUCUGCCUCUGAAUCCUCUCUGGUGACUGCUCCCAGCUCCCCUCUCAGUCCUCCCGUCUCUCCCAGCCUCACUGCCUCAGAACUGCCCCCUGCUGGAAAGAGCGGAGAAUGCACCAUUUGCUUCGACCAGGAGGUGGACACCGUCAUCUACACCUGCGGACACAUGUGUCUGUGCAACGACUGUGGGCUGAAGCUGAAGAGACAGAUCAAUUCGUGCUGCCCCAUAUGCAGGAGGCCCAUCAAAGAUGUUAUCAAAACAUAUCGGCCAUGAAGGUCCAGCUAUAUCAAACAGGUGCUGUGACUUCCAUCGCUGGAUGCCACCUGUUUCCCCCUCUCAGGCUAUGCUGGAUCUUGACCCCAUUCGGAGAUUAGCCACACCAGGACGUAACUGUGCCUAUAUAUUCAUUUUGUAUGAGUAAAUCAUAUCUGGAAAUAGACUAGGCUCUUCAAACACAAACUGUCACAAAGCUCAUUGUAACACAUAGACUGCAUACAUGAGCUCCUAUAUUUUGGCAAAGGAAGAAGAGAUGAAUCAUGUGCUCCUAUUUUGUAUUUUCCAUGUGAUGACUAUUACGUCACAUGUAUUUGCUGAGCAGAAAAGCCUGCUGUGAAUAUUUCAUCUUUACUGUCAUUGUCCUAGAUUUAUGUGUGCUUCAGCAGAAUAUGCGGACCGUAGUCUAUGACUUCUAGUGCCUUAGAUUUUUGUCACAUAGUGUGUCCAAGUAAUUAUGCUAACAAUCCUAGCCAUAUUUCAAUGUACAGUACUGAAAGCUUGUGGUGAAAAAGGCACACAGAUACAGAAUUUAUGCAAUAAAGGGUGUAAUAGUAAGUGGAAAGACUGUAACUGUAUGUAAGCGUGUUCAGUGGUUUGCUUUAUGUAAAGUAUGUGUGGAAAGUAUAAAAUGAAGAAUCUGGUUUUGCACAUUGAGAGAUUAAUAAAAGUGGACUAAGUGUGAUUAAAA